CAAGGCAGUUGGAAAAGUGUAUCUUCCAGAAGUAACAGUCGAGAGAAGGCAGACCUUAUGACGAGUUCAUGCUUCUGUUCUCUGAUUCGUCCCUCACUUUCAAUUCACGACCUCAGAUUUCCAUGCAAUUCAAACUCUAAUCGCCUAAUUUUUCCUGUUGUUUUCGCUCCACACACCAAGAAGUCAUCCAGAUUCGUCAUCAGAGUUCCACAAGGUCUGGAAGUCGAUCACAUUCCUUUGCAAGUUCCGGUGACUGAGGCCAAGGAAGAGGAAGGAGAGGUUGGUGGAUUCGUCAAUGGCGUCGCAGCUGCCGAAUCAGAGCCCACGCCUGUUAAAGUUAAGAAGAAGAGAGAUGAGGUUGAUGACGAUGACAGUUUGGAGAGCAGGUUCAAGCUCAGGAAUGGAAGGGAGGUAUUUGAAGAAAAAGCUUAUCUAGUGGGCGUAGAGCGGAAAGGCGAUAGAGAGGAUUCUUUUGGUAUUGAAGAAUCACUCAAGGAGCUGUCUCAGCUCGCUGACACAGCUGGCCUUAUGGUUGUUGGUUCUACUUAUCAGAAACUAGCUUCUCCAAACCCUAGGACAUACAUAGGAUCGGGGAAGGUUGCAGAAAUCAAGACUGCAAUUGAUGCACUGGAUGUUGAGACUGUAAUUUUUGAUGAUGAGCUGUCUCCGGGACAAUUGCGCAAUUUAGAAAAGGGCUUUGGUGGGGAUGUUAGAGUUUGUGACCGCACUGCUCUUAUCCUGGAUAUCUUUGACCAGCGAGCGGCAACGCACGAAGCAUCUUUGCAGGUGGCAUUGGCACAAAUGGAAUACCAAUUACCACGUCUAACUAGAAUGUGGACUCACCUUGAACGUCAAGCAGGUGGCCAGGUUAAGGGUAUGGGUGAGAAACAAAUUGAAGUGGACAAGCGAAUCUUACGUACUCAAAUUGGUGUUAUAAAAAAAGAGCUUGAAUCUGUUAGGAAACAUCGAAAGCAGUACAGAAAUCAUCGUUUUGCUGUUCCUGUUCCUGUUGUGUCAUUGGUUGGAUAUACAAAUGCUGGCAAGAGUACACUUCUAAAUCAAUUGACUGGAGCUAAUGUUCUUUCUGAGGAUCGAUUAUUUGCAACCCUUGAUCCAACUACAAGAAGGGUUCAGAUGAAGAAUGGAAGUGAAUUUCUUCUUACAGAUACUGUUGGUUUCAUCCAAAAGUUACCAACUACGCUGGUUGCUGCCUUUAGUGCAACUUUGGAAGAGAUAGCAGAGUCAUCACUUUUGGUGCAUGUGGUGGAUAUCAGCCACCCCCUAGCAGAGGAACAGAUAGAUGCCGUGGAAAAAGUUCUAUCAGAAUUAGAUGUGUCAUCAAUUCCGAAGUUAAUGGUCUGGAACAAGAUUGACAGGGUCAGUGAUGCACAAAGGAUCAAAUUGGAAGCAAAAAAAAGUGAAGAUGUUGUUUGCAUAUCUGCUUUGACGGGUGAUGGUUUACAGGAAUUUUGCCAUGCCGUUCAGGAAAAAUUAAAGGACUCUAUGGUUUCUGUGGAAGCUUUGAUCCCAUUCAACAAAGGGGAUCUUCUGAGUACCAUACAUCAAGUUGGAAUGGUAGAGAAAACUGAAUACACAGAGGAUGGGACAUUGGUCAAGGCAUUUGUCCCUCUUCGUUUUGCAAGAUUACUUGCACCAAUGAGGCAGCUGUGUAGAUCAUAGUCUUGUUUUUGAACCUUUUUACUGUAAGUGUUGUUAAAAUUCUUCAUCAUGUAUAUAUAUAUGAUCUCAAGAAAAAAUUAACUUUUUGUUUUAUUUGGGGGUUGUGGAUGAGUGGAUAUUUGAUAUAAUUCCUUCUGUACUAUCCAAAGUCCGCAGGCCAAUGUAUAAAGGAAACGAAAGCUUGUGUUGUUCAAGAUGUAAGGCACCUAGACAGUAAUCAAUGAAAUUCCAAUUU